CACCACCACCACCACCGGUCCGAGCCGAUCCAUGAGCGGCAGCGCAAACCUCCUACGUACGUACUGCAUCGUUUCUCUGCGUCACCAGGUGCAAAAGAAUGUGCGGAAAGGCCUGCAAGGUCGGCGGCGCCGCGUCGCCGGCGGGGACGAGCAGCACGGCGACCUCCAUCGUCGUCCUCGCGUCGCUGCUCCUCGUGGCCUCGGCCGUCGUGUUCUUGCUGUCGCCGCCGCCGCCACCGGCUGACGCGAAGGGCCCCCCUGAGCCGGUCGAGCUCGCCAUCGGCGUCGACGGCCACGAGGGCUGGCUGGACGCGCUCCGCGCCUGGGCCAAGCUGGCCUGCCUCAGGCUCCGCCCGCUCGAGCCAAGGUGCGAUCUUAGGACCCCGGUGUCGAUGAAGAAGGCGGCCAAGCAGAGCCUGGAGAUGGGCAAGGAGGCGGUGGAGCUCACGGCGGCGAGGGCUGCCGAGGAGACCAUCGGGAGGACAUCAGAGAAGGUCAGGAGGAAGGUCUCGUCAUCGCCGCCAUCUGCCGACGGCGACCUGUGAUCUGUGUAGGCCAAUGCCAAAUUUUGCGAGCAUCCUCUUUUUUUCUAUGCAUGUACCUCUAGGUAGCUUUGAUACUAGUGAGAGAAAUAAAAAUGGUGUCCUGUAACGUGUUGUAAUCUGGACGUGUAUCCUGCGAUUCUGUCCGCUGUACCCCUGUGAAUAUGAGAUGUCAAGAAAUUGCAUUUUCUGCAACCACU